GCAGUCAUGUAAGUAUUUUACAGUAUUAGUCCUGUAGAGAGCGGUAGAUCGUUUUAUUAAAUUGUUUUAUGCGUUCCCUGUGGUACUGUACAUAAGUGGGACCGGGGAGGGAGGAGCGAUUGUAGUAUUUCUCUUCAUUUCAAAUCCCUGUCGUGGCAGCACUGGUAAGCCAGAGGACUUUUCUCCCCUUAAAACUAAGGGGAAAACCCACCAGCGAGAGCCUAGUGCACGUCCUAAAGAGCAAACGGAGGACUUUGGGAGGAGGAACCAGUAGUUUGAAGGCACGCUGCGGUGGUAUCGGCUCGCUGUGUGCACUAGUGUCUCCACACUUGCACUUGGAUACACGAAGCAGGACGUUUUCACUGAUCUGCGACUCGCAGGAACCCCGUGAUCUCCCUGAAACCCGCCAAACGUUCACACGGACGGCGGCUUACAGUUCCAGAAGACCCAGGCCUGGUGAAAGCAUUAACCAAAAACAAAGCCCAACAGGACACUGACCUCAUCACAUAUUGCUGCAUUAUCACUGGUCAUCUGAGUUGGAGAGUGAGGCGGGCUUGGUUUGCGAGUGUCGCUCCGCAGAGCCGUCCGAUGACUAUCUGACUCAUCACAACCCGCGAAUGACAGGCGUGCAUUCGAAGGUGGGGCCCGCCUCAGUCUCACAUGAUUGGCUGCUGGAUGGAAAUAAGGUGAAUGGAACACAUGCCCAAGGAGCAGGACCCAAACCAAUCAGAGGGAGAAGAGAAACGGUGGCUCGAUGGCCCGAAAAGAAAGAGAAAGAACAGCCAGUGUUCGGUGAAGAGCAUGUCUGGGUACAUCCCCAGCUAUCUGGAUAAGGAUGAGCCGUGUGUGGUGUGCGGAGACAAAGCUACCGGCUAUCACUACCGCUGCAUCACCUGCGAGGGCUGUAAGGGAUUCUUCAGGCGCACCAUCCAGAAGAACCUCCACCCCUCUUACUCAUGUAAGUACGAUGGCUGCUGCAUCAUCGACAAGAUCACCCGCAACCAGUGCCAGCUGUGCCGCUUCAAGAAAUGCAUCGCCGUGGGCAUGGCCAUGGAUCUGGUUCUGGAUGACUCCAAGCGGGUUGCAAAGCGGCGAUUGAUUGAGGAGAACCGUGAGAAGCGGAAGAAGGAGGAGAUGGUCAAAUCCCUGAAGACUCGACCAGAACCCACCAGCUCAGAGUGGGAGCUGAUCCGUAUGGUGACAGAAGCUCACCGCCACACCAAUGCACAGGGCUCUCACUGGAAACAGAAACGCAAGUUCCUGCCGGAGGACAUCGGACAGUCUCCAGUGGCCCCCACAUCAGAUGGGGACAAAGUGGAUUUGGAGGCCUUCAGCGAGUUUACCAAGAUCAUCACCCCAGCCAUCACACGUGUUGUUGACUUUGCCAAAAAACUGCCCAUGUUUUCGGAGCUGCCUUGUGAGGAUCAGAUCAUCUUGCUGAAGGGCUGCUGUAUGGAGAUUAUGUCUCUACGUGCUGCGGUUCGGUAUGACCCGGAAAGCGAGACCUUGACGCUGAAUGGAGAGAUGGCUGUUAAACGAGAGCAGCUAAAGAACGGAGGGCUGGGCGUUGUGUCUGAUGCCAUCUUUGACUUAGGCAAGAGUCUGGCACAGUUCAACCUGGAUGACACAGAGGUGGCCCUACUCCAGGCCGUACUGCUUAUGAGCUCAGAUCGAACAGGCUUGACAUGCGUGGAGAAGAUUGAGAAGUGCCAGGAGAUGUACCUCCUAGCGUUCGAACACUACAUCAACUAUCGCAAGCACAACAUUCCUCAUUUCUGGCCCAAGCUGCUGAUGAAGGUGACGGACUUGCGCAUGAUCGGAGCCUGCCACGCCAGCCGCUUCCUGCACAUGAAGGUGGAAUGCCCCACUGAACUCUUUCCCCCACUUUUCCUGGAGGUCUUUGAGGAUCAGGACGUGUGACAUCCCAGCGAGCCACAGCAGGAGAAUCAACAACGUUUUGUAACCCGUUUUCCUCUACCCGUCUCACCCCCCUCCACGCACCAAACUCACCAGCAGCAGCUGCAUUGGCAGGGGUCAUCUUCAGAAAGGCUUUCAUACAGGGGGGUUUAAGUCGAAAAAAAAAAUUGUUUCGUUUUUUCACAGAAAACUCAGCCCUCCCACAUCUACUAAAUUCCCCACGUGUGGCCCUUCUGUCUCGGCAUGAUGUCUUAUACUGGUUUACCAACACCUUAGACACAGAAUAUACAUCUACAGACACACACACACACACUCCUGUAAGUGUGCUUACAGAUGCAGUACUCCAAUGAGCUUGUAUGCAUUUGUACACGUACAGACUGCACUACUGUCACGCCACCACUGGGGGUGCCCUCUGCUAAGACUGGAUGGCAGCUGGCAUAUAGAUUCCUCCGCCAGGUCGUGAAGUGGUCAGUUCAUUUGGUUGAUUGAAAUCUCGGCGUUCUCCUGAGAUUGACCCUCGGCAUCUCAAGCUCUACGCUAGCAUGGACCUUCUUUAACAAGACCACAUGAUUUCUCUUCGAUAUUGAGCCUGUGUGUGUGGAGCGGGAGGAAUUUUCUGAACCAAAUCAGGUGCUAUAUUUAAAUAAAGCUACUCGAAAUGAUUUGGGACUUUUCAAGAAUAUAUGUCCCUCCGUACUCAGUAGGACACGGACCGUUGAAAGCUCUCGGUCGCCUUUUUAGUGCUCAUUCAGGGGUGCCACUCUGCGACUCUAUGUGUGGUUCAUCCAUGGCAUUGUCUGGGCUUAGUUGUGGACUCUUUGAGUCCCUCUUUGUCCCAGGAAUGUCACGCAGAGAGAUGAAAAUCCAGGCGCCCCUACACUUCCAAGCCGCACUGAUUUGUGUUUUACAAGUGUCGAGAGGGAGCCAGUAUUACCAUACUCCCAGACCCAUCACACACACACACACAAACGUACUAAAACAAACACCUCAAAACUCGAAUGCCUCAUUUUUACUGUAUGCACUGCAGUGCUGUAGUUCUGGACUCCCAUGCAGGGCUUUGAGAGUUCAGUCCAGCCCAUCUGUGUUCCGCUCAGAUGCUACUGUUGCCCGGUCUGUGCGAACACAUGCGCACACUCCUGUCGGGCCAUGGCGGACUGGCUGUUGUUGAUGUUUUUUGUUUGUUGUUUUCGUUUUACCUCAAAUGUGGGCACACCUCCGGCUGGCUGUGGCGCCUAGACUGCCUCUGUGCUGACAGGUUCUACCUCACCUCUGGACACAGGGCAGCUACCCUCAGCCACACACACACACACACACAUUUACACACACUUGUAUUCACACACACUAACAGCCAGGAUAGAAACAGUUGCAGACACAGUUUCUUCUCAGUUAUGUUGAAAUACCACUGUAGACAGGAGGGCCUGCCAUUCCUCAUCAUUGCCUGUCAGAUUUCUCCAAGGCCUCUUCACUCUGGGCUUAGAGAAAAAACUAUUCUGGAUGGGCUUUUUUUUUUGUUUUGUUUCUUUACGUGUGGGACCAAGUGUCACAAGUGUAGUUUUUCAGCAGACGGCAAACUACAUCCCGCUGACUACAAAGAGGAGUCGCGGAGAGAACUUUAGAUGAAGGACCCGAGCUGGUCAGUCCUGAGCCGAAUGGGUCUACCGCUGUUUCCUUCUUUCAAUACCAAGCAGUAAUUUGCAAAGUGGAGCUUGGAGUCGGCUGGUUUCUUCAUGGUGGGGCAGGGGAAGUAAGGAAGCUAGCAGUUGAAUGAUAGCACUUAGUUUUGAAAGAACCAAAUAUUCAGAAACGAUUCAACCCCGGGCACCUUUCAAGGAGUUUUUGCACUAAGGCAUGAUGGGUCCCACCUUGCAGCUCCUCCAGUUCAGUCGCAUGUUUUCCAAGGACACGACCCCAACCUCUCUGUCAAACAGAGGCCACACCUUCAUGUGCUCCUGAGCACACCAUCAGAGUCAGUAUUAAAUCAAGCAAUGUCCUCAAAAAACGAUGAAACACUCAUUUACGAAUAGACCUCCGUGUCCCCGCCCCUCGAAGCCUAAAGUGGCUUGAGACUAACACCCAACUGAAAUGGGCCUUUCCUUUGUGAGACAAAGGAGCAGCCGAGCCAUGCAAAGAAUGGCAGCACCGAAUGAAUGUGAACGAGGAGCAGCAGAAUGAAAGAGCCAGGACGAGGAGUUGCUCUAUAACGAGGUUGUGAAGGAAGUCAGCCAAUCAGAAUGAGAGGAAAUGUGAGCAUUCCGUGAUCACCCUGCAUGGAGUUCCACCUUGGAAUAGGAGUGACGCAGCAGUGGACCCCGAUUGGCUGCUCGAGUGAACGCAAAGGGUUUCGAUGCUGCUUUACUUUUUAAUUUUUUUUGAGAGAGAUAGAAUAAGAAAAAAAAAACCGAAAUGAUAAAAUAAUUACAAACCCAGAAAACAAAUAAAAAAUGACUCCAGAACAAAGAGUUCAAAUCUCGGAGCUUGAGCUGUUUGUUAUUAUUUCUUUUUGUUUUGAACUGAAAUGUGUGUGUUCGUUUUCAAUGCUUAACUGCUCUAUGUAAGAGAGAAAAACAACAGCCGUAGUCACUUUUUGACCAUGCGUGCAGUGUAAACUAGAGAAUUUCUCCUUUUUCACCUCACUAUAGUUUGUAAUGAUAAGUCGACUGCUCUGUUUGUUUGUGUAUCUGUCCAUCGUCUUUUUAUCAAGAGGACAAGAAACAGGAAUAUUUUCUUUUUUAUAUUUUGUUUUCUUUUUUUUGUAUCAAAGAAGACCUAGAAGAAAAAAAAAAAACAUGAGAAAUAAUGCAAAAGAAACUGAAAAAAAAAAAACUGAAACACAAUCUACUCAUACCUCACACAACACAAAGCUUAAAUGAACUUGGGAGGAGUGCUUCUCUGCGUGGCACUUGUGUCAAAUGCGUCCGGUGCAUGUGUUGAACUGUACGAUGGGGUGUAUGUGCGCAUGAGCGUUCAUGUGAUCGCGGAAGCACGCGGCCUCCUCCUUUGGCCUCGAAAGCCCAUCUGUUUCAGAUUUGCACCAGUUGCAUGCAUUAGCCUCCGUUUGCGAAUGGUGUCACCGUUGCUGAUGCGAUGGGCCAUGAUGGAAGCGGACGGGAUGCGGUGUGGCUGGAAGGCUGGAAAGGGAGUCGUGUGCAUCCGUGACAGCAGAGAGCGCUUUGUGGUAUUGAAUGUAGCUGACAGGACUGGGCUGGAACCGAGCCCGGGAACUAGAACCUCACUUCAGGUCACCAGCAAGAGUGGACAGUGCUGUCAAAAUGAUGUUACACAAACAGCUUACUAAGCGCAUAUUGCCCACCUUCAAGGUGCAAUACUUGUGUUUUGUUUUGUUUCGUUCUUCUUUUUUGUACUUUUACCAGUUUUUUGGCCAUAACCAAGGAUGUAAAUACAAAACGAAAAGAUAUUGAAAGAUUAAAUCACUAUGUGUUAACCAUAUGCAACCGUCACAUACUGGAUGUCGACGCCAGAACGCAGCCGGCUGAUCCCAGUGUUUUUGUAAAGUGAAUCUGCUUACGUAGUUCUGUAAAUGCUUCACACAUCUGUACGUGUGCUUUGGUGCACUCGCAAACGUGCAUGUUCAAUACAAAUAUGAAGAAAAAGUGCCCCAUGAAAUUAUCAAUCUAACCCUGUGCCUCCGCAACCCUCUGCCCCACACUCAAACUGCUCUUUCCGACUGGGUAGUUAGACGUACAUUUGUUCGCUAGGUCAGAUUGCUGGUAGAGACGUACAAUAGGUGGGUAAAGUCUGGUACCCAGAAGCACUUAGCUGGCCUCACUUCUGCCAUUCAGUUUCCUCAGAGGAGAACAGUAGAUACUGGUUUUGUUUAGUUUUGGUGGUGGUGUAGUUUCGUUUUUCGCGUUUUUUUUUUUUUUUACCAAAUUUUGUGCUAUCUUUUUUUCUUCUUUAGAAAAAGACAAAAAACGCCCAGAAGCAAGAAUGUCUAUGCAAUGCUAAACCCUAUGAUAGCAUGAUGACUGUGCUAUUGAUCGCUGAUUAGCAGGCAUGCCUCUAAACACCCCACCCCCCCAGAGCCCCACCCACCACAACUGCAUGAGCCUCAGUCAGUUUGUCUUUUCAUUAGUCAGUGUAAAAGUCAAGGAAAGGAUAACCCUAACUGCUGCCUGGGACCUGCUUUGUCAAUCCUCACGAACAUUUGAGGGCGCUAGUUCAACUUUCCACUCAUCUCCAGUGAUGUCAUCUGCUGUCGAGGGACUGCAUUUGUGUUUCUAUGUAUGUGUUUGCGUCGAAUGCUCUCAUGGUUUGGUGGAUUGGUACUACCUAUUAGAAAACAAAAUGGCAUUUCAUAGGUUCAGAAUCAAAAUUUAUUUUGUAGAGACCGACCCAAAACAUUUUUUGAGUUGAAAUUCUUUUCCCUCUCAGCUGUGAUACUGAAUCUCAGACCAAACUCAGUCAGAUUUAGAGCUGAAGUGUGCCAUUUCUUUCUUAAUAUGCAAAAUAAACUACUUUAUAUGUUAAUAUACCUGAUUACUACACAGAGAUUAUUAUAAGUAAGACAUUUAUUGGCUGAUUUCACCAACAACAAAAAAAUGUAACACCAAGGUUGCCAGGUUUUCACUGCAAAACUGCCCAAUUGCUACUCAAAACUAGCCCAAAAUAAACCCAAUCCCCCAGUAAAAAUUGUGUUCUGGGGGGUAAAAAACAGAUUUUUUGAUAGGAUUCCCCUGGUAAAAGUUGCAUUUCAGGAGCUAAAUAUCAUUUUAUUGGGGUUACUUCAACCCACAGACAUGGAAAACAUCCCGCGGCAACACUGUCACUGAGGCACUAUCAGAACAUUUCACAAGCCUGGCAAGAUCUCAACCAAUGGUGUGAUUUUGAGGCGGGGCUAUCGGUUUCAUCUAGCCAAUAGCAGAAGAGGGGGGUAUUUUGGAAACAUGCAGUUCCAUUUAAAGACACUAGUGGUGCAGAAACCGCACACUUCAGCUUUAACACAGUAUGCGAAAGCUUAAAUGAACAAAAGACAUAAAGAAGCAUGCUAUUUUUGAAAUUUAUGUUUGAUUGGCUGCCCUCACCACUGUGAUGUCAACGCCCUCAUUUUCUCUGUUUCCUUUGAAUGUAUCUUAAUUUGAUUAGACUGUGUUUGUGAAUAUGAACUAGUGCUCAUGUGCAAAAUGCACCCAGCCAUGAGAGUGUGAACAGAGAGCGGGGAUGAUGUCCAUACCACAGCUGUUUUAAAUGAGACUGGAAAGGAAAGCUAUUGAAGGAUUCUCUCAGGUAUCAACAAAAGAAAAAAAAAGACAAAAAAAAAAGGAAAUAUAACAAACUUGUUUUUAAAUAAAUAUUGUAAAAUUCC